AUGGCGGACACCAAUAGCAGUAAUCCCCAGUCACUGGGAUUUACAGAGAAAUUAAAAUCAUGGCUUUCUUGGUCAUGGACCUACGUAUGUGCCGUAUGGUUUGCCAUGGUUCUAACUAUGAUAUACGUGCUACGAAGUCCUCUGAAACUGCAGGAAACGGUCACGGCAGCUUCAGUAUUUUUGAACACCCUGACGCCCAAGUUCUAUGUAGCACUCACUGGAACAUCCUCACUCAUCUCUGGCCUUAUUCUGAUCUUUGAGUGGUGGUACUUUAGGAAAUAUGGCACAUCCUUUAUUGAGCAGGUGUCUGUGAGCCACCUGCGCCCUCUACUGGGGGGAGUGGAGAACAGCAGCUCUUCAGGAGGCCUCUUCUCCUCUGUCAAUGGAGAUGCUGAACCCCGACCCAGCGUGUCCGAGUGCAAAGUGUGGAGGAAUCCACUGAACCUAUUCAGGGGAGCAGAGUACAACAGGUACACGUGGGUGACCGGUAAAGAGCCGCUGACGUACUAUGACAUGAACUUGUCGGCGCAGGACCAUCAGACCUUUUUCAGUGUAGACACACAGCAGCUCAGACCAGAGGAUGCAGUGAUGCAGAAAGCCUGGAGGGAGAGGAACCCACAGGCCCGCAUACGAGCCGCCUACCAGGCCAUCGAGCUCAACCCAGAGUGUGCGGCAGCUUAUGUGCUUCUUGCAGAGGAGGAGGCCACCACAAUUACAGAGGCAGAGCGACUCUUCAAACAGGCACUCAAGAGUGCUGGCAGAGACACCAACCUGCUGGUGUACAUCAAGCGGCGGCUCGCCAUGUGCGCCCGCAAGCUGGGGCGCAUCAAAGAGGCCGUCAAGAUGAUGAGAGACCUAAUGAAAGAGUUCCCGUUAUUGGGGAUGUUAAAUAUCCACGAGAAUCUUCUAGAAGCGCUGCUGGAACUCCAAGCAUAUGCUGACGUGCAAGCAGUACUGGCCAAAUAUGAUGACAUCAGUUUGCCAAAGUCAGCAACGAUAUGCUACACGUCAGCGUUGCUCAAAGCGCGGGCAGUAUCAGAUAAGUUCUCUCCUGAGGCAGCCUCAAGGCGAGGUCUCAGCACAGCAGAGAUGAACGCAGUAGAGGCCAUACACAGAGCGGUGGAGUUUAACCCACACGUACCAAAGUAUUUAUUAGAGAUGAAGAGUCUGAUCCUGCCGCCGGAGCACAUCCUGAAGCGGGGCGACAGUGAGGCCGUGGCCUACGCCUUCUUCCACCUGCAGCACUGGAAGAGGGCCGAGGGAGCCUUAAACCUGCUGCACUGCACCUGGGAGGGCACCUUCCGGAUCAUUCCGUACCCUCUAGAGAAGGGUCACCUAUUCUACCCGUACCCAGGCUGCACAGAGACGGCAGACCGGGAGCUGCUGCCCUCGUUCCAUGAGGUGUCGGUGUACCCCAAGAAGGAGCUUCCCUUCUUCAUCCUCUUCACAGCGGGACUCUGCUCCUUCACCGCCAUGCUGGCCAUGCUCACACACCACUUCCCAGAGCUCAUGGGGGUCUUUGCCAAAGCCUUCUUCAGCACUCUCUUCGCACCCCUGGGGUUCUUCGCAGACAAGAUUGAAGGUUUCAUGCUGACGCGGAUCUGACGCCAUUUGCAAGCUCCCCACACACACAGACUCAUACACUCUGAAGGACACACACACACACAUACAUAGAAACACUCCACUGAAAUAUGCCAUAAGGAAAUGCAAUACAUACUAGACAACAUGAGACUUGCUGAAAGGGCCAAGCAUCUCUCCACACAAACACACACACACACACACACACACACACACAGUAUUUUGACUUCUGUCCUCUGUUUUGCUAGUCUGUUUGCCGUCUCGUAAACACACGCCAAGCCAGUCCUCUACUUUGUGAAACUUUUUUUGCGUGAAAGAAAAAGGUAAAAGAAUUCAUCCACAAGCCAUGAAUUGUAAUCCCACCCUACUUUCUCAAACAACCUCUUUUUAUGUUCAAGAAAAAAAAAAAUCACCGGAAUGCUAAAAGCACAACAUCAAUGACGCACUGGCAUACUUCUCACCUCCUCGGCCACUACUUUCCCAGUAGACACGCGGGGGGGGGGGGCCGAGAACCGAAUCCCAGCCGGCAGCACAGUGGAGCAGAUCUGCUCCAGAUCCCUCAGCUGCAGUCUGGGAAUCCGCAGCAGGCUCCGCUCAGCCGCUCAGCCGGUGUCCACGGUGUGAACGCGCACCGUUCCUAAGCCCCCCGCCAUAAACCCGCAGGGGCCUGGUCCUUCUCCUCCGCAUUCUCCUGCGGCCCGGCGUGCACGUAGCGGUUAGAGGCUGCAGCAGAAGCGGCACCGGCGGUGGAGGUGCGGGCCAGGUCCGGGCCAGGUCCGGGGUGGUUGUGGGCCUUAACCAGAGUCAAGCUGCGUGGGAGGAGAGGAGGGGGUCGGCUAGUGCUGGAGCUGAAGCUGCAAACGCCGUCCCGCCAGACUCCAUACACACAGACACACACACACAGACACACACACACACACACACACACACACACACACACACACACAUGCUCUUGGAAACACAGGCACACCUUUCACCCAAAAGGCCCAACCAAGCCUGGCCCAACAUGGUCCUUCGUGAAGUCCUGAAAAAAAAACAAAGUCUUGAUUUACUGUUCGUCUGAGGCAGGCUGUGUAUACAACCUCCCGACCUGCUACCAGGGGUUGCCGUGGAUUGAUGUCUCCGUGCUACAUCGUCGAGGCAACCCGCCCUUGUGGCGACAGCACAGAAUUGUAGAUGGAUCAUCGCUGGUCAUGAAACAGGUUUCUGUAGGUAGAUGGGUCUGCAGGCCUUUCUCACAAGCCAAGUAGGGAAUGGAUUGGGUCCUAGACUUUGGAUAUGUACUGUACUUCCUCUCCAAAACCGGUGUUGUGUCACUCUGUGAUGAUCUCACAUCAUUCUGGAACAUUCUCUUUCUUAACAAUUGGUCAGAGCACUGCAGGGCUGGUAUAGAUAAGACUGUGCUCAGAUUUGCCCCUCUGCUAUCCAGCAGCACGAUCACCCGAACGCUCAACGAACCGCUGUGAUCAUUUGGGGGCAGUCAUGACAUCCACAGGAGAACGGAGGCUUGUGAGGAAGGUCCGAAGAGGUCCGUUAGAGAGUGGACAGGGCCACUCAUCUGCCAGAUGAGGGUCGGUUCCGCGCUCGAGUCCACUGCCUUCCCGGAGGACUCCCCUUUGCCCCUGAAGCUCCAUCGACAUUUGGUCAGCGUGUUGAGCUCCGGAGCGGGCUUACCGAGACGUCUCGCCAAGAUGGCGUGCAUGUGUCACCGGGGCAGAAUGUACAGAAGCUCCUCGCCUGACAUCCUUCUUGACGUGUGCCUUCCAUCUCUGGCCCCUGAUUGGUCGGUCGGUUUUAUUCAUCUCCUUUCUCCCCCAGUGAGAUUGUCAUUUAUUUAUUCUAAACAUUUCCAAGAGCCUUAAAACUGGCGUUCUGAUGCUGUUUUGAAACGGAGGACAGAAGUCAAACUACUUUCAAUGUAGCAUUAAAAACAUUUUUAAAGUGGAUUGGAGGUCUCAACUCCGAGAGGAAAUGUCUUACUGUCUGAUGACAGGAAGUAACAUCGACAGUCAUCGUAAUCAAUGAUAUUGUUUGCUGAACAGCUGACAAUAAAGUGGU